AUGCAUAACUCCCCAUCCAAGGAGGGAAAAUGCUACGCUUCUGACGAGCAGCAAGUUGCGCUUGUCGAAGCUACCAACACUGUUUUUGUUGAAGCCGAUUCUGCUGCUGCUUUCUCCACUGGGUACGAGAUGAGCGCGCGAUCUGCCAACUCUAACAACAACAAUAAUGAGGAUUCCGAAGACGCUAAAGCGCCGGAAGCCGCUAAGGUCCCAGCCCCUGUUCCAGAGGCCAAGACCAACACCCUCGCAGAAAAGGCUAAGGCCAAGAAAGCCGGAGCCUCGAGCGAGACCUCAUGGAAAGUCGUCGACAAGGUCAUCAAAGAAACCAAAUGCACCGUCGACAACCUCAAUGUCGGUAAAGACUACAUGAUCCGAGUCCGGGCUAUCAACCAGAACGGCGAGGGUAUUCCUCGAGAAAUUUCCGAACCAGUCAAUGCCAAGGCUGUCCUCAUCGCUCCCGAUGUUGAUAAGCGUGGCGUUAGUUCUUUGGUCUUCUACGGCGAAAAAGAUACCGACAUUGUCUGCAAAUGCUCCGUCACUGGCAAGCCCUUCCCCAACAUCAAGUGGUUCAAGGAUGAUGAGCCACUCAGGGAAACCAGCCGAGUCAACUCAGAAGUCCAGAACGGCGUUGCUGUCCUUUCUCUCCGAGAAUCCAUCGUCGAAGAUGCCGGCUCCUACACCCUCAAACUUACCAACAAAGCUGGCGAAAAGAACGUUCCUGUCAGCGUUGUUGUUUUCGACAAGCCCGGCGACGUCAAAAACUUGACUUACGACAACGUCACCCACUCCUCAGUUACCUUGAAAUGGGACCCUCCAGCAUACACUGGCGGUGUUGCCAUCUCCAACUUCAUUGUCGAAAAGCGAGAUGCUACUUCUACCGUUUGGUCGACUGUCUCCUCGACUCUUGCUCGACCAUCCGUCAAUGUCACCAAGCUCUCAACCAAUACUGAAUAUGUUUUCCGCGUUCGCGCUGAGAACAAAUUCGGUAAAUCUGGCUGGUGCAACGGCGAAGCCAUCAUCAUCCGAUACCCAUUCAAGGCUCCUUAUCCACCAGCAGAUGUUUUCACCAAAUACAUCUCCAAAGAAUCCGUCGUCAUCGGCUGGAGCGAGCCCGCCAACGAUGGUGGUAGCAAAAUCACCGGCUAUCACGUCGAAUUCAAGUCCCGAAACGCUCUCUUGUGGUCGAAGGCGAACAAAGUUACCUGCGUCGACAAGGAGUUCCGAAUCACUGGUCUUGACCAGGGAAUCAUCUACGAAUUCCGAGUCUGCGCUCAAAAUAAAGCUGGAAAGUCCCGAAUGUCUCGACCUCUCGAAAACGUCUGCUGCCGAGAUCCAGUUGAUCCACCAACUCAAGUCGAAGUUACCUCUGUGACCAAGUCUUCCGUCUCCAUCCGAUGGAAGAAGCCCGCUUACGAUGGUGGAUCCAAACUCACUGGAUACAAUGUUGAAAAAUCUGACUCCGCUAAUGGUCGAUUUGUGCGAUGCAACUUUGGCAACAUCUCCGAGUGCUACUACAAGAUCGACGGCCUCAAGGAAGGUGACGAAGUUGUCUUCCGAGUUGUUGCCAAAAACGCGAUCAACACACUCUCGCGACCAUCAGAUCCUUCUGCUCCUGUAGUCUGCAAGGAUCUUCUCGAAUCGCCUGAUAUUGAGCACGAUGACAGCCUUCGAGACAUUCAGGUCAUUCGAGCUGGCGAGCCAAUUGUCAUCAAGGCCGACGCUUAUGGCAAGCCCCCACCAAAGAUCCAGUGGAAAUGCAACAAGAGCGACAUCUUUGCUUCCAACCGCAUGUCAAUGACUCACGAGAACACCAUGUGCAUGCUCAAGGUUGAAAACACCACCCGAUCCGACUCUGGAAUCUACACUCUUCUCGCCACCAACGAUGCUGGCCAGCGAGUCCUCAACGUCGAAUACAAAGUUCUCGACAAGCCCGGACCAGUUCGAAACCUUGAACACAAGAUCAAGGAUGCCACUCGACUUGAAUUGAGCUGGCAGAAGCCUUCUGAAGACGGAAACGGUGACAUUAACGGCUACCUCAUCGAAAAGCGAGAAACUUCUCGAGUCACUUGGUCUCAGGUCGCCAGCGGUGUUACUUCUUACUACAUCAAGUGCGAUCACUUGAUCAAGGGCAACGAGUACGUCUUCCGAGUUCGAGCUGAAAACCGAUUCGGUCUUGGCGAUCCUCAAGAAACUGUUCCCAUUGUCAUGAAAAAUCCCUACACUAUUCCCGGCCCAUGCACCAAGGCUGAAGUUACCCAAAUCACAAAGAACUCCGCUGUUCUCGUUUGGGGUCGACCUCAAUCUGACGGUGGAAAUGCCAUCUCCAACUACCAGGUUGAAAAGCGAGAGAAGCAAUCUACUCGAUGGUACAAAGCUCACACCAAGAGCUGCAGCGAAACCCGACUCAAGAUCACUGGGCUUAUUGAGGGCAACCAGUACGAAUUCCGAGUUUCAGCUGCCAAUCUUGAAGGUUUUGGUCCAGCUGGUCCAUCCUCUGAUAUGACUACGAUUCGAGAUCCUGUCUAUCCUCCUGGUGAAGUUCGAUCGCUCAAGGCUAUCGAUUUCACUAAAGCCUCGGUCACUGUUGGCUGGACUUCUCCAAUCUACGACGGCGGCGAUGACAUCAGCGGCUAUCACGUUGACAUUCUCCCCGUUGGGGCUGAAGACGAUGUCUGGCUUACUUGCACUCCCGCUAACGGCGUUCAGGCUACUACUUACCAAAUCACUGGCCUCGAUGGUGCCAAAGAGUACAAAGUCCGCGUGCGAGCGAUUAACUCUACUGGACCUGGUGAGCCAUGCUUGCUCUCUGACUGGGUACAGCCUCAUGAGGUGUUGAUUGUUCCAGAGAUCAACGUCGACCCUGAAAUUGGACAGUACGUUACUGUCAAGGCGGGAUACGCAAUCAACCUCAAGGCCUCCGUCAAAGGACGACCUGAACCAACUAUCAAGUGGACUAAAGAAGGCGCUGUUCCAGAAAUCAAUGAGCUCGCUUCUCAGGACUUCAUCAAGAACGUUGCUUCUCUUUCCAUCGCCAACUCCGCUCGAGAAGACAGUGGCCGAUACAUUCUUACCGCUGAAAAUGCUGGCGGCGAGAAAACUCUUUCCAUCACUGUCCGAGUUCAGGAUACUCCCGGUGCUCCCGCUGAAUUGAAGGUCAACGAAGUCCGAAAAGAAUACGCAAGCUUGAGCUGGGAUCUUCCUCUUGUCGAUGGAGGCUCCGCGAUUUCUGGCUAUUUAAUCGAAAAGCGAGAAGCCACUCAAAAAGCUUGGCACACCGUUGCUGACAACUACGAAGGAACCAAUAUCAAGGUGACCGGUCUCCGAGAAGGUGUCAGCUAUUUCUUCAACGUUCGAGCUAUCAACGAAUUCGGCCCUGGUCUCGGUUGCGAGACUAAAUCUGCUGUCAAGGCAUCUGAAGUUCCCGGUAUGAUUGACUACAUCAAUAUUACAGAUGUCACCGACAAUUCUGUCCGACUCAGCUGGACCAAGCCAAUGUACGAUGGCGGCUCAAACAUCACAGCUUACAUCAUUGAAGAAAAGAAGAAGGGCUUCGACACUUGGAGUUUGAGCAAGGAAGUCAAGGGCAACGUUUUGAGCUACAACUUGACUGACAUGAACCACAAUCAAACUUUCUUCUUCCGAAUCCGAGCCAAAAACGACGUUGGUGUUGGUGAUCCACGAGAGACUAACUCCGUCCUCAUCAAGCUCGUCACCAAAGAACCAGACCUAGAUACUCGAAAAUACUACCGAAACCAAGUAUACGUCAAACUCGAGGAAGAUGUUGUCAUCCGUAUUCCAGUCUUUGGUGUUCCAGACCCAGAACUCCAAUGGUUCGAUGAUGAAGGCAAGCCACUUGCUGAAUCUACCAAGAUCAACUCUGUCGUCGAGAAGAAAGAUGGCCAGAUCACUUCUGUCCUGACCAUUCUCGAAGCCCAACGAGCUUACGCUGGCAACUACACGCUCAAGGCUACUAACAGCGCCGGCACCAAAUCUGCUCGAAUGAGCCUUGUUGUCAUGGAUCGGCCAUCUGAGCCUCUUGGCCGUGACGAUUGCUUUAUGGAUGUCGAGGCUGAAUCUCUCACUCUUGAUUGGUCCCCACCAAAGGAAGAUGGCGGCGCUCAAGUCACUCACUACGUCGUCAACAAGCUUGACAAGACUAUGGGUGUCUGGUCCGAAGUCUCUUCUUUCGUGAUCCGAUCGGGAAUUAAGGUCACUCGGCUCCAAGCUGGUCACGAAUACAGAUUCAAGAUCCAAGCUGUCAACAAGUACGGUGUUUCUGAUCCUAUGAUCACUCCUGACAUCGUUGCCGAGCAUCCUUUCUCUAAGCCAAUGAAACCAGAGCAGCCCACUGUUGUCAAUGUCACCAACGAGACCUGCACUAUCAAGUGGACUAAGCCGAAGGAUGGCGGAUCUCCUCUUCUCGGUUAUCAUGUCGAAAAGAAGGACCGAAAUGCUCUCCAGUGGUCUAAGGCCAACAACACAAUCAUCAAGGAGACUAACUUCAAGAGCGGCAAUCUCACUGCUGGACUUUCUUACCAGUUCCGAGUUUGCGCUGUCAACGCUGCUGGUUCCUCUAAAUGGUCCAAAGAAACCGCUGAAGUCAUCUGCCGAGAUCCAGUUGAAGCGCCAAGAAAUCUUGAAGCCAUCCGAACUCGAGCGAAAUUCAUCAAACUCGCAUGGAAACGACCCGAAUACGACGGUGGUUCUAAAAUUACUGGCUACACUGUUGAGUACAGAAACUGCAAUGAAGAAGGAUCUCGAUUCACCAAGGCCAAUUUCAACAAAGUUAUCGAAACCGACUUUGUCAUCGAUACUUUGAACCCCGGUGACAGCUACGAAUACCGAGUUUGCGCUCUCAAUGCUGCCGGUUCAGUUUCUGGCUGGUCCCAAGUUCUCGGCCCUGUUCUUGCUCACGAUGAAAUGGAAGCACCAGAAAUCGAAAUCGAUCCUUUGGCUCUCGCUGGUGUCAAGGGCAAAGCCAACGACACAAUCAAAAUUUACGCUGGAAUCACUGGCAAGCCAAGACCAUCCGUCCAGUGGUUCAAGAAUGGAGAAGAAAUGGUUUCUACUCUCAAGACUGAGAUUAAAACUGACGAUUAUGGCUCCACUCUCAUCAUUUCUGAUGCAAACCGAUACGACACUGCUGAUUACGAAGUCAAGGCUACUUCUAUUGCUGGUCACCGAUCUCAAUACGUCAGUGUUCACAUCAAGGACUCUCCUGGCCCCGUCGAGGGAAAUAUCGCAGUCUCUGGUGUUACCUCCACCAAGUGUCUUUUGAGCUACACCCCUCCCAAGAACACUGGUGGCGCUAAAAUCACUGGAUUCCGAGUUGAAAAGCGAGAAACUUCUCGACUCAGCUGGCUCGUUGUUCAUGACUGCGCUCCUGAGACCUGCGUCAAGAUUGCAUCCCUUUCUAAGGGCAACGAAUACAUGUUCCGAGUCGCCGCUUGCAACCAGCACGGAAUUGGUCCUUAUGUUGAGUCUGAGACCGUGAUUGCCAAGGAUCCAUUCACCAAGCCUUCCGAGCCUGGAAUUCCAUCCGUCGACAACAUUCUUUCCGACUCUUGCACUUUGAGCUGGUGCCGACCCGUUCAGAGUGGUGGCGCUGACAUUCAGGGCUACAUUCUUGAGCGAAGAAAGAAGGGUGCUACUCGAUGGAUGCGAGUUCGAAGAUCUAACCGACGUGAUCGAAAACAAUCUCGAGUCUCUCUUGCUGAUGAUUCUAUCAUCGAAGAUCUUCGACUUCGAGUCACCGUUGAGGCUGACUCCGAGCAAGAAUUCCGAGUUUACGCUGUCAACAAGGCUGGUGUUUCUGAACCUUCUAGCACUACUGGCUUGAUUCGAUUCCAGGAUCCCCUUUACGUUCCAGAUGCUUGUGGCCAGGCCCGCAUGAUCGACCAAACUGCUACGUCCGUCACUCUCAAAUGGACCAAGCCACUUCACGAUGGCGGCGCUGAUGUUAACGGCUAUGCUGUUGAAUUCAUGGAAUACGACGCCGACGAUGCCGCAGCUGAAGGCUACGACGAAGAGGAACUUUGGAAGACCGCCAUUGAUGCUAAACGACUUCGAAACACCGAAGCUACUGUCACUGGUCUUGAGCGAGUUCCUUACAAAUUCCGAAUCCGAGCUUCCAACAUUGUCGGUUUGAGCAAGCCUACCAUGGUUACUGAUGAUAUUAUGAACACUCUUAUCGUCACUCCUACUGAUAUUCCCGAAGAGCCAUCUUUCGGCGAAUGCGCUGAAGUCGGACGAACUCUGAUUCUCCGAUCAAUGAUGCCUGUCCGAGUUCGACUUCCAUUUUUCGGUCGACCCGCUCCUUCUGUUAAAUGGCAAGUCAAGGGUGUCUCUGAUGAAGAAUUUUCUCCAUUGGAAGACUCUCGAAUCAUGGUCGACAGCACUGAAACCACCUCCACCAUCGUCAUUGAAAAACUCGACCUCGAUAUGACCGGCCGAUAUCAAGCUGUCAUUGAAAACAGCAGCGGCACUGCAUCUGCUGGUUUCAUGAUCAAGGUUCUUGACGCUCCUUCCGAGCCAGCUGAUCUUAUGGUCGCUGGCGUUGGCCGCGACUGGGUCAAGAUUGCCUGGAAAUCUCCUCUCAACGAAGGUGGAUCCCGAAUCCUCGGCUACACUGUUGAAAAGCGAGAUGCCACAAAGAAAGCCUGGACUACCAUGGCUACCAAGCUCCAGAAGAACGACUACAAAUUCGAGAAUCUUGUUGAAGGCUCUCGAUACUUCUUCCGAGUCUUGGCAGAAAACGAAUACGGAAAUGGUCGACCCGCUGCUACCGAUGCACCAGUCAUCACUGCUGAAGGCCCUACUGCUCCAGCCUACAUUUCUACUGGCAAAGUUACUGCUGCUUCUGUCCAGAUCACCUGGGGCAAGCCCGACUUUAACGGAGGUUCUGACAUUACCAGCUAUGUCAUCUCUGUCCAGAAGAAAGGAAGCGACAAAUACGUGGAAUGUGGCAAGACCAAGGGCAACCAGCUCGAGUUCACCUACAAAGAAGUCAGUGAAGGCCACAGCUACCGAUUCCGCGUUCACGCCACCAACGAUGUUGGACCUGGUGACUACGCCGAGUCUAAGGGUAUUGUCGCUGCUGAUCAGACUAUGGCUCCAACUGCUCAGCUUGACGGUAUGCGAUCCAAACUCCUCGUCGGAAAGGCCGAAUCUACCAUUGUUGGUAACAUUCCAAUUGCUGGUAUGCCUCUUCCAGUCAUUUCCUGGCAGAAGGAUGGCGAGAAAUUCGCUGAAACUUCUCGAUGCAACACUGAAUACCACAACGGCGUCGCUACGAUCACAAUUCGAGAUGCUGUCCUCGCUGACUCUGGCGAUUACAAGAUGACUCUUCAAAAUAAGGUCGGAACUAUCCACGUUCCUGUCCUUGUGCGAGUUCAGGACCGACCUUCACCAAUCCGAGGCCCAAUUCAGUUCCUCGAUAUUACCCACGAUUCUCUUGCUAUGAAGUGGGAAGUCCCAGAGUACGAUGGUGGCUCUGCUGUCAACAACUACAUCGUUGACAUGCGCGAACUUGAGGAGAAAGCUGAGUGGGUCACUCUUUCUCAGAACAAUGCUCGAUGCAUGUUCAAGGUGAACAAGCUCAAGCGAGGUGCUGAAUACCAAUUCCGAGUUACUGCUGAAAACAGAUUCGGACGAUCUGAACCCGUCAUUUCCGCAGCUGUCGUUGCUGAAUACGACUUCCGAGUUCCUGGUACUCCCGGUCAGCCCACUAUUGCUGCCUGCGCUGGUGAAUUCAUGACUCUUCGAUGGACCGCUCCCGCUUCCGACGGAGGAUCGCCAAUCACUGGCUACUUCGUCGAACGAAAAGAUCGAAACUCGCUCCUCUGGCAGCGAUGCAACUACGGCAACCUUUCCGCCAAUGCUCACGAGUACAAGUGUGGUGGUCUUGAACGAGGACUUCAGUAUCAGUUCCGAGUUACUGCUUUGAACAAAGCCGGCGUCGGUCGACCAUCAAAGCCUUCCGAUUCCGAAUACGCUCGAGAUAUCAUCGAUCCUCCAACCAAUCUUGAAGUCACUUCUGUUGGCCGAGACUACGCUACCCUCAAGUGGAACAAGCCAGAAUACGACGGUGGUGCCAAGAUUACUGGCUACAUUGUCGAGCGAAAGGACCGCGAAAAGGGAUCUGCCUGGCUCCGAUGCAAUUUUAGCAACGUUAGUGAGUGUUUCUACACCGUUUCCGGUUUGAUUGAAUCACACGAAUAUCUCUUCCGAGUCUACGUCAAGAAUGCUGCUAACUCUGUCUCGGCUCAUUGCGAGAUCCGAGACUUCGUCACCUGCGAAGACAGCUCUGUUCCUCCAAACGUCGACAUGGACGCUAAAUUCGCUGCCGAGCAAAUCAUCCGUGCUGGUGAUGAUCUUUACGUCGAAGGUAUCAUCAGAGGAUCGCCUGCUCCAGUCAUCGAAUGGAUGUUCAAUAAGGAGCGAAUCACCAGCAACCAGCGAAUCACCAUUACUACUGAUGACUUGAAGACUUCGAUCAAAAUUCUCGGCGCUAACAAGUUCGACACUGGUACCUUCAGCGUCAAAUGCCAGAACUUCGUCGGCCAGAGAAUUGUCGAUGUUAAGGUUCGAGUCCUUGAUACUCCUGGUCCUUGCAAGAAAGUCUCCGUCAGCAACGUCUACGCCGACCGAGCUCUUGUCUCUUGGGAGAAACCAGAACAGGAUGGCAACCAAAACGUAACUUCUUACACUCUUGAGAAGCGCGAAACUAGCCAUCUUUCCUGGGUUAUGGUUGCUUCUGGAAUCGACUGCCUUUCGUACAAGGCUACUCAUCUCCUCGAAGGCAACGAAUAUGUCUUCCGAGUUCGAGCUGAAAACAAGUCAGGCCUAGGUGAUGCUUGCGAAUCCGAAGAAGUCCUCGCUGUCAACCCAUUCGUUAAGCCCGAAAAACCAGGUCGACCAGAAAUCCGAGCUGUUACCAAACAGUCCGUUUCUCUUGGCUGGGCUCGACCAGUUAGCGAUGGUGGUUCCCCAAUCACUGGCUUCUGGAUCGAAAAGAAACAGCGCCAGUCGGUCCGAUGGGUCAAGGCAACCAAGAAGCCAUCCAACGAUCUUUGCGACAAGGCUGCUAAUCUGACUGAAGGUCAGCAGUAUGAGUUCCGAAUUGUUGCAAUCAACGCCGCUGGUAUGUCUGAGCCCGGUGACGCUUGCGCUCCAGUUCUGAUUGAAGAUCCUCGAUAUGCGCCUGAAGCUUCCAAGAAGCUCAAGUGCAUCGAUUCUUCUGAGUCGUCUAUCACUUUGAAGUGGAGCGAGCCUAUCUUUGAUGGCGGCGCUUUGAUUGAAGGCUACGUCAUUGAAUAUCUCAUCUGCAAGGAAGAAGAUCCAGUCUGGGUGAAAUGCUCUGGCUCUUCUCUCGUUCAGGAAACCACUUACACCGUCGGUGGUCUUGAAGCCAAUGCCAUGUACAAAUUCCGAGUCGCUGCCGUCAAUCGAAUCGGCACUGGUGAUUUCAAGGAAGGCGAAGAGGCUUACCAAGCUCUUGAGCGACUCGAAAAGCCAACCAUCGAAGUUGCUGAUGAGCUUUGCAAGACAAUCAAUGUCCGAAAGGGAGGUUCUUUUACUCUUUCCGCAACAUUCACUGGCCGACCUUCUCCUGAUAUUGAGUGGAACUUUGCCGAGCAGACUUCCAACACUCACUGCAAGGAUCGAGGUCUUUUGACCAUCCAAGGCAAGAAAACUUCUCUUCUGAUUGAAGAUGCUACUCGUGACGAUUCUGGCCGAUAUGAGCUCGUCGCUACCAAUGGUUCUGGCAAAACUAUCCAAGGCUUCAAAAUUCGAGUUAUGGACACUCCCGGCCCUGUUGAAGAUCUUAUCGUUCUUGAAUGCACCAAGGAAUUCGUCCUCCUCGAUUGGGAAGCUCCCAAAAAUGAAGGUGGCUCUUUCGUCACUGAAUACAUUGUCCAGAAGAAGGAAGUUUCCCGAAAAUCUUGGACCACUGUUCCAAGUGAAGGCGACCGAACCUCUUGCAAGAUCACCAACCUUGUUCAAGGCGAGACCUACUCUUUCCGAGUUAUUCCCGUCAACUGCUACGGUGACGGUGUUGCUCGAGAGUACAAUGGCAUUGUUCGACUUUCCGAACGACCUGGUCCAGUUGGCCGAAUCGAAGUUACUGACACUACCAAGGAUUCCAUCUCCAUUAGCUGGCCCAAACCAGACUUCAACGGUGGCGCCGACAUUCUCGGAUACAACAUUGAGUACUCUCUUGCCGGUUUUGACAAAUGGGUCAAACACGAUCAGAAUGUUACUCAAUGCCAGGUUACUUUGAAGAAACUCGAAACUGGACGAAAGUACCUUAUCCGAGUCUCUGCCCGAAAUGAAAAGGGUAACUCCGACCCAGUUCAGACUCGAUUCCCAGUUGAAGCUAAUGACAUUGUCAUUGAGCCAACUGUUGAUAUGAAGUCUUUCUCUGCCGGUGGACUUAUGCGACGAGAAGGUGAAAUCAUCACCAUCAAGGUUCCAGUCGCUGGAAAGCCAUUCCCAAAAGUCAAGUGGAUGAAGGACGACGAGCCAGUCGAAAUCACUAGCCGAGUUCAGCCAACUCUUGAGGGAGGUGUUGCUACUUUGAAAAUCGAAGAGUCCAAGCGGGCUGAUACCGCCAAAUACUCGAUCGUCGCAACUAACGACGGUGGAAGCGCUACUGGUCACGUUCGACUCAACGUGGUUACUAAGCCAACCAAAAUUGAGAAGAUCGAAGUCGUCGACGUCAAUGAGUCCAGUGUUUCACUCAAGUGGACUGUUCCAGAAGACGAUGGCGGAGCAACUGUGAACAACUAUGUUCUUCAGAUGCUCGAGCCUGAUGCGGAUGGUUACGUUGAGUGCGCUUCAACAAUUGUCCGACCUCACUACAAGGUCAAGAAACUCAAACUCAACAAGGACUACCGAUUCCGAGUUGCUGCUGAAAACCGAAUGGGUCUCUCCGAAUGGUUGAACUCUGAGCUUGUUACCGUCAAGUUCCAGUUCCGAGUUCCACGACCACCAGAGGAUGUUCGAAUUCGACAAAUCAACAUCGACACUGCUUUUGUUGAGUGGGAUGCUCCUUCUACUGAUGGCGGAAGCCCAAUUUUGGGAUAUCAUGUUGAGGUCAAGGACCGAAACUCGCUCCAAUACCGCGUUGCCAACCGUGGCAUCUGCAGAGAGCGAAAGCUCAAGGUCACUGGUCUCCAGGCCGGACUUGAGUACACUUUCCGCGUCGCUGCCGAAAACUUGGCUGGUCGAUCACCAAUGUCGAAGGAAUGCGAGCCUAAGGUCGCCCGAGAUCAAUGCACUCCACCACUCAACAUUCGACCUCUUCGAACUGACCGAUCUUCAGUCACCAUUCAGUGGGACCGACCCGAGUACGAUGGUGGUUCUAAGAUUGCUGGAUACACUGUCGAGCGAAGAGAGCUCCCAGAAGGCCGAUGGAUGAAGUGCAACUUUGCCAACGUCACCGAUUUCGUUUACACCAUCACUGGACUCACUGAAGAUUUGGCUUACGAAUUCCGAGUUAUUGCUCGAAACGCAGCUGGAUCAAUUUCUGAACCAUCUGAGCCAUCUGUGGGUAUCCUCGUUGUCGAAUCCCUUGUUGCUCCUUCUAUCGAUCUUGAUCGAUCUUUGAAGGACACCAUGGUCGUCCGACAGGGUGACACUAUCAAGAUUGGUGCUGAUAUCCAGGGCCGAGAGUACGAGUUCCGAGUCAUUGCUGAGAACCCUGCUGGUCUUGGUCAGGCUUCUGAAGGCUCACAGGCUGCUUUGAUCUGCGAUCCUACUUACCCACCUGGAAUUGUCACAUUGCCCAAGGUUACCGAUACCACCAAGAACAGCAUCUCCAUCAACUGGCAGAAGGUCAGCUACGAUGGCGGCGCUCAGGUCAGUGCUUACCACGUUGAGUACUGCGAAGUUCCCGAAGAUGAAGGAGCUGAAGAGGUUUGGAUGCCAGCUACUCCACCAAAGGGUAUUACUGAACAAGCUACUGUCAUCACCGAGCUCGAAUCUACCAAAAAGUACAAAAUUCGAGUUUGUGCUGCAAACAUCAACGGCUGCUCUGAUUGGAAGGAGCUUCCAGCUUCUUGCCAGCCAACUGACCGACACAGUGCUCCUGAACUUCACCCUGACUCUGACUGGAAGAACUCCUUGAUUGUCAAGGCUGGUCAGCGAUUUGUCCUUUUCGCUAAGGCUAAAGGUCGACCAACUCCAUACAUGAGAGUUACUCGUGGAGAAGAGUCUGUUCCCGAAGGAAUCAGUAUUGAAGAAAAGGAUGAUCGACUUACUAUGUUGACUGCUGAGGCUACUCGAUGGCACUCUGGAAACUACACUCUCCAUCUUGAGAACCAGGUCAAAUCUGUGAAGAUUCCAUUCCAGAUUCGAGUCAUGGAUACUCCCGGCCCUAUUCAAGAUCUCAAGGAUAAGUCCGCUUGGGUUAAGCGAGUUCACACUCGAGAGCUCGAAGCUCGAGUUCCAGGUCUUACUGAAAACGUCCAAGUCGCCGUUCGUGUCGUCGCUCUAAACCACGCUGGUCGAUCUGCUCCACGAGAAUAUUACCAGAUGAUUUUGGUCAAGGAUACCCAGGAAGCUCCUUCUGCUGAUCUCCGAAACUUGGCUGGAAACACAGUCAGCAUCAAGGCCGGAAACAACCUUAAACUUUCUGUUCCGAUGUCUGGCCGACCAGUUCCCAAAUACACCUGGUACAAGGGACGAGAUGCCACCAACAUCAUGAAGCCAUCUCAGCGAGUUACCGUCAACCACGACGAUAACAAGAUCGCUUACCUUGGAAUCAACAAUGUCUACCAAGAAGACGCUGAUACUUACGUUCUUCAUAUGAAAUCUGCUGCCGGUGAGACUAAGGUCAACGUUAACAUCAACGUUUUGGACGUUCCAGCCAUGAUCCGAGAUCUCAAGACCCGAGAAGUCAGCAGCAACUACGUUGUUCUUGCUUGGACUCCACCAGCUUUCGACGGUGGCUCUUCCAUCGCCGGCUACCAUGUUCACUACCGAACAACUGGCUCAUCUGAAUGGAUCGAGUUCUCAACAACUGUUGUCCGAACUGUUCUCAAGAUUGGUGGUCUCAAGAACGGCGAAGAGUACACUUUCCGAAUCAAGGCUGCCAAUCGAUUCGGUCCUGGUCCAUCUGUUAUGACCACUCCUGUGACUUGCCGACUUGGCUUCGUUGCUCCUGGCGCACCAGCUGCUCCAGAAGUUGUCAGCGUUUCCAAAGAAUGCAUCACAAUCAAGUGGGCUUACCCAACCAAGGACGGUGGACACACUGUUGACGGUUACGACGUCGAAGUCAAGGACAAGAACUCGAUCAUGUGGCGAAAGCAAAACAUGACUGUCAUCCGAAAGCGUGAAUUCCGAUGUGCUAAUCUUACUGCUGCCUUGGAAUAUGAGUUCCGAGUUAUUGCUAUCAACCCUGCUGGCAAAUCUCGACCAUCUGCUGCUUCUGAUCCAGUUGCUGCUCUUGAUCCCGUUGAUCCACCAGAGAAGGUUCUCGUCACUGAUAUCACCAAAUCUACUGUCAGCCUUAUGUGGGCUCCUCCACGAUACGAUGGUGGCGCUCGAAUCAUUGGUUACCUCGCUGAAAAGCAGGAAAUCUCCGCUGACGGCGUUGAAGGCCGAUGGACAAAGGCUUGCUUCACUCUCAUUGCCGAGAACAACUACACUAUCCAGGGUCUUGAAGAGGACACUCUUUAUCGAUUCCGAAUCAUCGCUAAGAACUCCGCUGGUGUUUUCUCUGACGCUUCCAUCCCAUGUGAAGAAGUCAAGACUCAGGAUCUUUACACUCCUCCUCUUCUUACUCCAGACCAGCAUCUCUUCAAGGAAGUCCGCGUCGCUGCUGGCACUGAACUUCGACUUCACAUUGGCGUGAGCGGCAAGCCCGAGCCAAGCAUGGACUGGGAAGUUAACGAAAAAGACAUCGUUUCUGAGCCAGAUCGAAUUAUUGAGCGAAACGCAACUGGAACUACCAUUGUCAUCAAGGACACUUCUCGACUUCACACUGGUCGAUACCGAUUCAGCGCUCGAAAUGCGCUCGAAAUCACCGGAUACGUUGUUGAAGCGCUCGAAGAAUGCACUGACGAUUGGGUUGUCAUUGCCGAAACCGCCGAAACCAAGGCUAAAUUCGAGGUCAAGCGAGACACUGCUUACAUGAUCCGAGUUUACGCUGAAAACGACGGUGGUCUCUCCAAGCCCGUUCAGCUUCCCAACAUUGUUCGACCAAUGGAAAAGCUUGAGAAGCCAGAAUACGAUCUUGACGCUGCUCUCCGAAAGACUGUCAUUGUCAAGGCUGGCUCUCACGUUGGACUCAACAUUCCAAUCAAGGGCCGACCAUUGCCCAACGUGCGAUGGGAAUACAAUGGCGUUGACGCUAACGCUUACGAUCGAUGCCUCGUUGAGGUCGUUGAGGGCGAGAUGAACAGCUACACCAAGCUCACAAUCUCCGAUGUUAACCGAGACGAUACUGGCAAGUGGCACCUUCACCUUGAAAAUGCUGCUGGCAAGGCCGCUACUUUCGUCAAUCUCAAGGUUCUUGACACUCCCGGCCCCAUCGGAAACCUCCAGGUCCGACGAGUCACCAAGGAGAACUGCAUGAUCUCUUGGGACAUUCCAAAGAACGAGGGUGGCACCGAAGUCAUCUCAUACACUCUUGAGAAGCGAGAAUCUACUCACCGAGCCUUUACUACUGUCAUUGCUGACUGCCUCGACUUGAACUACAAUUACAAGAAUCUCCGAACUGGAUCGUCUUACUACUUCCGAGUUUCUGCCAACAACGCUGAAGGUAUCGGUAUUUCUACUGAUACUGAGCUUGUCACAAUUACUGAAACUCCCGGCGCUGUUCGAAACCUUCAGGUUGUCGACACUACCGACAGCGCAAUCAAGGUCCGAUGGGAGCGCCCAGAAGACGAUGGCGGUACCCCAGUCAUGAGCUACAAGGUCAGCUACGCCGAGAUCGUCGCUGGUAAAGAAACUUACUACGACUUUGAUGUUCGACAUGCUGAGGCUGAGAUCAAGGAUCUCGACAAGGGUCGACCAUAUGAAAUCCUCGUCUGGGCUCGAAACGAAGCCGGUCUCGGUCUCCGAGAAAGAUCGGUCCAGUUGUCUGCCAGGAACUUCUUAUUCCACCAGCACUUGAUCUUUCUGCUAUCAUUGGCCGACAGGUCAACUGCCGAGUCGGUGCUCAGAUUCGACUUGACUUGCCAGUCACUGCGCGAUGACGGAAUCAACAUCGAAUAUGGCAAGGACCAGGUUACCCUUAUGUGGGGCGAAGUAACCAAAGCACACGCUGGUCAGUACUACUGCAAGCUUGACUCAAAGGCUGGCAUGGUUGAAUCUUCCUUCAUUUUGAACGUCUUUGGUGUUCCUGGCAAGGUUCACGGUCCAAUUGAAUUCAUCGACGUUGAUGCUACUGAGCGAGCCUUUGAUCAGGUUUCUGAGCCUCAGGAUCUCGAAGUUGUCGACAUCAACCGAGACUCGGUCUCUCUUCGAUGGAAGGAACCAAAAUUCAACGGCGGUGCCAACAUUACCUCCUACAACGUUGAGAAGCGAUCUGGUCUUGACAACCGAUGGUACAGAGCUAACUUCGCCUCUAUCACCGAGUGCGAAUACACUGUUACUGCUCUUACUCCUGGAGAAGAGUACGAGUUCCGAAUCACUGCUCGAAACGCUCUUGGAACCAUGUCUCGACCAUCUCAGCCAACUAACAAGGUUGUUCCCCACGAUGAAUUCAUCCAGCCUCAGAUUCUCUUCGAUCGAGAACUUUUGGAUGGUGUUUUCACUCGAUCAGGCAAGACCAUUGUUCUCAAGGCUCAGGUUGUUGGUAAGCCUACUCCACGAGUCUGGUGGACUAGAGACGAUGCCGAGCUCAUUCCUUCGCCCAACAUGGAUAUUGAAUCCGACAACAAGGGUAACCAUACCUUGACCAUCAAGGAAGCUCGACGACAGGACAGCGGCAAAUAUGAGCUCUUCGCCAAGAAUCCUUGCGCUCUUCGAUCUUAUGAUAUCGAUGUCCGAGUUCAGGAUCGACCUGGUAACUGGUAUGAGUUCCGAGUUACUGCUGAAAACAACGCUGGUCCUGGUGAGUCUUCUGAUGCCGGUCCAUUGAUCGAGUGCCGAGAGCCAGUCAACACUCCUGGCGUUCCUGGCGUUGUCCGAGUCAUCGAUACUACUCGAACAACCGUCGCUAUUGCCUGGUCCCCACCAACUUUCGAUGGCGGUUCUGCUGUUACUGGAUACAAUGUCUACACCAAGCAGCUCCAGCCACCAUCAAUUGACAAGGAGCAGCAGGCUGAGGCUGAAGAAGCAGAAGAAGAAGUUGAAUUUGCCCGAAUGAACAUUGAAGCCGUCAAGGCUUGCAACUGGAUCAUUCCUGGUCUCACUCCUGGUCAGGAGUACCUUGUCCGUGUUGCUGCUGUCAACGUCGCUGGCGAAGGCCACCAUGUCCAAAUGACCGGCCGCGUUACUGCUGUUGAUCGACUAGAGAAGCCCGAUUUCGUCAUUGGCGCCGACUUCAGAUCCAACUACAUCGUUCGAGCUGGCAAGCCUCUUCAUGUUUCUCUCCAGUACUACGGUCGACCUCUUCCUACAGUCACUUGGUCCAAGCCUAACUGUGAUCUUGAAGACCGAGCUGAGAUCCGAACUACUGACUGGAACUCUGAAUUGACUAUUCCAUCAACUGAGCGAAACGACUCUGGAAAAUACACCAUCACUCUCGAAUCUGGUGCUGGUAUGAAGGAGCUCAACUUGAACAUCAAGAUUCUCGACACCCCAGGCGCUUGCUCAGAGAUUCAGGUGACCAAGGUCACUCGAGAAUCCUGCUCUCUUCAGUGGCUUCCACCAACCAUCGACGGCGGUGCUUUCGUCAAGUCUUAUGUUGUCCAGAAGCGAGAAGUUUCUCGACGAUCUUGGCAGACUGUUACUAGAAACUGCCAGCGACCUGCUUACACCGUCAGUGACCUCGAGCCAGGAAGCAACUGGUGCUUCCGAGUUCUCGCCGAAAACGAAUUCGGUAUUGGUGAGCCACACGAGCUUUCUCGAUCUGUCAUUAUGACCGAACUUCCAUCUUCUCCAGACAAAGCGUCUGUUACCAACGUCACUUCCAGCUCUAUCAGCAUUCGAUGGACUGCUCCAAUGUCCAACGGAGGUUCUCGAAUCUCUUAUUACCUCAUCGAAUCGCACAAGAAGGGUGAAAAGAAGCCUGACGGCCUUGACUUCUGGGUUGAAGUCGCCAAGGUCCGAGGAUCCAUCUACGAGUACACUGUCUCUGGUCUCACUAAGGGCUGCGAGUACCUUGUUCGAGUUCGAGCUAUCAACGAAUCUGGUGUUGGUCCAGAGCGAGACGCUUUCCCAUCGGUUGUCUGUGAAGAUGAAGCCAUUGCUCCCGAAGCUGAUCUCAAGCGACUGUACAACAAGACUCUCACAAUCCGAGCUGAACAGAACGCAAUCAUCGAAAUUCCAUUCAUUGGCUCUCCUAAGCCAAAGAUCACCUUCUUCAAGGGCGAGAAUAAGGAGCGAAAGCUCUUCUCUGAAGGCAAAUAUCUUAUUACUAUCACUGAUAAGGUUGCUACUCUUCGAAUCAGCUCUACUGAGAAGAAGGAUUCUGACACUUAUUACAUCCGACUUGAAAAUUGCAAUGGAAUCGUUGAGAACAAGUUCUACGUUAACAUCUUCGACGUUCCUGGACCAGUUUCUGGACCAAUCACUUUCACUGAUGUCUCUGCUGAUGGUAUGACCGUCAACUGGGGACUUCCUGAAGAGAAGGGCGGUGCUGAAAUCAACGGUUACUCGAUUGAAUACCGCGACAUUGUUGACAUGAUGAGCAACUCUGUUAUCCUUGCUUGGCAACCACCAACUAUGGAUGGCGGCUCAAAGAUCUCCCAGUACGUUGUUGAGCGACGACAUAUUCCAGAUGGCCGAUGGCUCCGAUGUAACUACAACAACAUCACCACCUGCGAGUACACCGUUUCUGGUCUUACUCCUUCUGAUACUUACGUCUUCCGAGUUAUUGCGAAGAACACAAUGGGCACUGUUGGCCAUCCAACUGAGCCAACUGAGCCUGUCAAGUGCGAAGAAAAGAUGGAACCACCAACCAUUCAGCUCGAUGCUGCUCUUCUCACUGAUUGCUUCACCGUCCGAGCUGGCAACAACGUCAGCCUCGAAUGCCAAGUCCUUGGUCGACCACGACCAAAGGUCUUCUGGUACAGAAACGGCCAAGAAAUCGAAGCUGGUGACCGAGCUGUUAUGGAACGAGAUCACAAGAACGCUACUCUCAAUAUCAAGGACUGCUCCAAGGAAGACACCGCCAAGUACGAGAUCGUUUGCCGAAACCAGUGCGGCGAAGUCCGAGAAUAUGUCAAUCUCAAGUGCCUCGAUCGACCAGACAAGCCAAAGGGCCCAAUCAACUUCAGCCGAGUUAUGGGUACCAAGUUCGUCAUCAACUGGGGUCUCCCUGCCAACGAUGGUGGCUCCAAGGUCACUCACUACAUCGUCGAGCGACGUGAAACUUCUCGAAUCAGCUGGGUUCCUACCGAUGAUCACUGCGAGCUCAUGACUACUACAGUUAAGAAGCUCAUCAAGGGCUCAGAGUACAUUGUCCGAGUCUUUGCUGUCAACGAGUACGGCAUCUCUCCACCAUUGGAGUCUUCUCCAAUUGUUACCAAGGAUACUUUCACUGUUCCUGGUAUGCCUGGAAAGCCUGCUGUUCUCACCACGACGAAGGAUUCCGUCACUAUUCAGUGGACUCGACCAGAAGAAGAUGGUGGAUCUGAUAUCUUCAACUACGCUGUCGAGCGACGAGAAAAGGGUGGACAAAAGUGGAUUCGAGUGAACAAGCGAGUUCAGAUUACUGAACUUCACUAUCGAGUCACUGGUCUCUCAAAGGGAUCUGAGCACCAGUUCCGAAUUUCCGCUGAAAACUCUGCCGGUCUUUCAUACUUCUCUGAUGAGUCUCAGUUCGCCAAGGUUUUGGACCCAACUUUCUCUCCAGCUGCUCCAUCCAACCCACGAGUCGUCGAUAUGACCAAGACCUCUCUUAUGUGCCGAUGGAACACUCCACUUUACGAUGGCGGAAGCCCGAUCCUUGGCUACGUCGUUGAAGUUGCUCAGAUGCCUGAUAAAGAGAAGGCUAUCAUUGCUGAAGGCGAUGACCGACUUCCUGAUGAGUCUGAGGAUGAAGUCGAACUCGAAUGGGACCGAACUCACAUUUCCAAGUACAUUGUUGGAAAUUCCCAUAACAUCACUGGUCUUGAAGCAAAUAAGGAACAUCAAAUCCGAGUUUUUGCUGUCAACGCUGUUGGUGUCUCCGACAAGUUUGCUCAGCUCAGCUCUCCAAUCCGAUGCCGAGAUAUCAUCGAAGCGCCCGAGUUCGAAGUUGAUGCUUCUAUUCAGAAGAACAUGCUCAUCCGAGCUGGUCGACCAAUCGUCCUCAAGGUUCUUGCCAAGGGCCGACCUACUCCAUUUAUGAUGUGGAAGAAGGAACCUGCUGGUGAGAACUUGGCCACUCGAGCUUACAUCGACUGCAACGAUGGAAAGGCUUACCUUGAAAUCGAACGAGCUGAUCGAUACGAUUCUGGUCGAUACACUGUCAUUGCUGAGAAUCCUGCUGCUACUCGUGAGUACAACAUCAACGUCAAGGUCCAAGAUACUCCUGGUCCAGUUGGACCACUUGUGAUUAAGGAUGUGAACCGAGACUCCUGCGUUAUCAGCUGGGAACCUCCACAGCUUGAUGGAUGCUCAAAGAUCCGAAACUACAUCAUCGAAAAGCGAGAAGCUGGCCGAAGAUCCUGGCAAACUGCUAUUUCUAAGUGCGAGCGACUUUAUGCCCGAGUUACUGGCCUUGAAGAGGGAACUCUUUACCAGUUCCGAGUUGUUGCUGUCAACGAAUUCGGCAAUGGCGAAGGACGAGAAUCCGAAGAAACUGUUCUUGCUGCUGAAGUGCCAACUCCACCAAUGAACAUCCAGGUUGUCCAAGUCACCGACGAUUCCAUUUCUCUCAAAUGGCAAGCUCCAGAGCAAUCUGGUGGAUCUCGAGUCAAGGGUUACGUUGUUGAAGCCCAAGAAAAGGGAACUGAGCGACGUGAAUACUCUGUCAUGUGCAAGACAAAGCACUGCAAGGGACAAGUUGUCGGUCUCAACACUGGCAGCGACUACUACUUCCGAGUUCGAGCUCUUAACGACUGCGGCUUCUCUGAUCCUCGAGACCUUGUCUCCUCUGUUUGCAUCAAGGAACCACGAGAAGAACCAUCCGUCGAUCUUUCUGAAUGCCCACAGAAGAUUCUCCACGUUGUCCAGGGCCGACCAAUUGAGAUCGCUAUUCCAAUCUUCGGUAAACCUUUGCCAAAGAUCACCUGGAUGAACGAGAUGGACCAGAAGAUCAUGGAAAUCGCCGACAAGCGACUCGUGCAGAACACCAAGACUCAUGCUGUUCUUGAGAUCCGAGAUUCUAACUAUGGCGAUGUCGGUGUUUACAAGCUUUUACUCGAAAACGAGUCUGGAACUUGCACUACCAAGCUUCAGCUUCUUGUUCUUGCUCCACCAACUGAGCCAACUGACCUUGUUGUUUCCGAUGUUGAAGCCACUUCUUGCGUCCUCACUUGGCAACUGCCCGCUUACGAUGGUGGCGCUGCCCUUAGCAACUAUGUUGUCGAGCGACGAGAAGUUCACCGGCCAAUUUGGGGACUUGUUUCUGGCACUCAGACCCGAAAUACCAUCAAGGUCAACAACUUGACUGAAAACACUGAAUACAUGUUCCGAGUUUGCGCUCAGAACAGAUUCGGCGUUGGCAAGGGUGUCAUGUCGGAGGAAGUUCUUAUCAAAUCUCGAUUCCAGCUACCUGGUCCACCAUCUACUCCAGAAGUUUUGUCUGUCAACAAGGACUCCAUCACUCUUACCUGGAACCAGCCCAUCAAUGACGGUGGAACUGACAUCAUCGGUUACAUUGUUGAACGAAAGCAAGCUCAGGGACAGCGAUGGAUCCGAGCUACUCCUCAGAUGAUCCAGGCCACCAAGUUUGUCUCCACCAACUUGAUCGAAGGUAUGGAAUACUUCCACCGAGUCCGAGCCGUCAACAGCAAGGGCGAAUCUAAGCCUGGUAAGCAGACCGAUGCUAUCAAGUGCCAGGAUCCAAUCAGCCCACCUGGACCUUGCCUCGACUUCUCUGUCACUGACAUGACCUCCACUUCUUGCAGCUUUGCCUGGGUUGAACCAUCCUUCCACGGCGGUGCCAAGGUCACUGGAUACUUCAUCGAAUUCCGAACUGGUGAUGAUUGGUGGCGAAAGGUCAACAGCCGACCUAUUCGAAUCUGCGAAUAUGUUUGCAUGAACUUGCCAGAAGGUGAUGAGUUCCGUGCUCGAAUCGUUCCAGUCAACGCUGGCGGUGAAGGUGAACCUCUUGAGAUUGAAGUUCCAAUCAAGAUCAUGGAUCUUACUGGUCCACCAAUCAUUCUCAACCACGACCACUUCGACGAGACCUAUGUCACCAAGAAGGGCGGUAUGAUCUCCCUCUGCGUCUGGUUCAAGUCUAAGCCUCUUCCUAACAUUCAAUGGAGCAAGGAAGGAUGCAAGGAUAUUGAGAAGCGAGCUAUGAUUGCUAAGCACAGCGAUCAUACUGAACUCGUUAUCCGAGACGUUGAACGACUUGCUGACAGUGGCACUUACAAGUGUACUCUUUCCAACAACUACGGCGAAGACGAUGUUGUCAUCCCAGUCAAUGUUAUUGGCCGACCCGAUGCUCCUGAAGGUCCACUCCAGUUUGGUGACAAGACUCAGAACUCUGUCAAGCUUAUCUGGAAGCCAACUCUCAACGAUGGAGGAAGCCCAAUCAGCAACUACGUCAUCGAAUACAGAUGCAUUGGUCGACAGCGAACUAUCACUUGUGAUAAGAAGCUCCGAUCAACCAGCCACACCGUCACUGGUCUCCAAGAAGGAGUUGAAUAUUCCUUCAAGGUCUACGCCGAGAACUUUUUCGGACUUUCUCUUCCUCUUGAAUCUGAAGACCCAGUUAUUCCAAAGAAUCCUCUCUUCCCACCAACUGAGCCUCAUCAUAUUGAAAUUAAUGAGGUUACUCGACACUCUAUUGGUCUUAGCUGGGCUAAGUCAAUGGACGACGGUGGAAGCCGAAUCCUUGGUUAUCACGUUGAGCGACGAGAAGCUGGAUCCGAUCACUGGUUCAGAUGCAACAAGGUGCACACUCCAAACCUCAACUUUGUCGUCAGCGGUUUGGUUGAGAAUGCCAGCUACCAGUUCAGAAUCUGCGCUGUCAACGCCGUCGGCGAGUCUGACGUUUCUGAGCCAACCGAAGAGAUCUGCUGCAAGCUUCCAUUCGAAGUUCCUUCUUCUCCUGAAGAGAUUGAAGUCCAGCACCGAACUAAGGACUCCAUCACUAUCGCCUUCAACAAGCCCGAAAGUGAUGGUGGCAAGCCAAUUGAAGGAUACACUGUUGAGUACCGAAUGUAUGGCUACCACACCUGGAAACAGACUUGCGAAGAGCCUCAGCCCGACAAGAUCGUCCAAGUUGGCGGUCUUGAUGAAGGUACUGACUACGAAUUCCGAGUCUGCGCUGUCAACUCUGUCGGCAAAUCUCGACCAAAGAUCAUGGAGGGUAUUGCCUCGACUAAGAAGGCUGUUGGUGAUCCUCCAGAAGUCCUUGAAGCAAUGGCUGACCAGGCUGUUGUCUUUGGCAACGAUGCUGUCUUCGAGUGCAAGAUUUCCGCAAAGCCUGCUGCUGACAUUGAAUGGUACAAGUUCAAUGAAAAGCUUGCUUCCGGCAAGAAGUACAAGUUCGAUACUGAUGGCGAGAAACAGAUUAUGAUCGUCAAGAACGCCCAGUACGAGGAUGAAGGAAACUUCUACUGCGCCGCUCGAAACCAGUUUGGCCGAGAAGAAAUCUGCGCCAAACUUUCUGUCGAGUCUGAGCCAAAGAUCGAUCCUACCUACAAGUUCCGAGAGAACGUUCAGUUCCGACAGGGUACAUCAAUCAACAUUACUCUUCCAUAUGUUGGUCGACCUGAACCUCAGGUUCUCUGGAUGCGAAAUGGUGAGCGAUUCAACUUCAAGAACAUGGCUGUUGAGUCCACUGACAAGUACACUUACUUGUUGAUCCCCGACUGUGAUCGACAGGCUCAUCAGGGACGAUACACUGUUGAGCUCAGCAACAAGCACGGCAAGAACAAAUACGCUGUCAAUGUUGAAAUCCAGAAGGGCCCAACUGCACCCAAGAAGCUCGAAUUUGUUUCUUCCAAUUACACCACUAUCAAGGUUGGUUGGGAAGCUCCCGCUGACAAUGGUGGAAGCGCCAUUACCAACUACAUCCUUGAGAAGAAGGACAUCACUGCCGCUAAGGCCGAAGCUGAAGCUAAGAAACCUGAACCAGUUGCGGCUCCAGAGCCAGUUGAAGGCGAAGAAGCUGCUGAGCCAGUCGAACCAGCCAAGCCAGCUGAACCACAGGGAGUCUGGCAGCUUGUCACUUCCUCCACUCUCAACACUGAGUACAUUGUUGAAGGUCUUACUGAAGGACACGCUUACCGAUUCCGAGUUUGUGCUCGCAACUUGAUUGGUGUUUCUGGUUACACUGAGAUUGAAGAACCAGUCAUUGCUUCUCCACCAUUCAAUAAGCCUGAUCCACCAACUUCUGUCGUCUGCAGCAAUGCCAAGGGCGAAGUUGCCAUGAUCAGCUGGAAGGCGCCCAAGAACGAUGGCGGUAACAAGGUCAAAUACUACCACAUUGAGCGACGAGAACGACGACGAGGACAGUGGGUCCGAUGCUCCAACGAAACUGACUUCAUCAAAUACACAACUCACAAGGUCAGCGGCCUCGUUGAAGGACAGUUCUACGAAUUCCGAGUUUUGGCUGAAAACGAAGCUGGCUUCUCUAAACCUUCUGAGCCAUCUCAGCCAGUCAAGGUCGACUCUGCCGUUACUCCAAUGGCACCAAAGAUCGUCGAGCCUCUCCGUGACUACGUUGCCAAGCCUGGUCAGAACUUGACCAUCCAGACUAAGAUUUCUGGUACUCCAAAGCCAAUCAUCAAGUGGUACAGAAGUGGCAAGGAAAUCACUCCUUCUUACAAGUACGACAUUCGAGAAGGACGAGGCAACUACUUCAGCUUGACUAUCAUGGACUGUGAUAACGACGACGAGACUGAAUACUCUGUCCGAGGUGUUAACCCACACGGCGCUGUUCACAUGCACGCCAAGGUUUCUGUCCAGGUUCCUGCCAAGCUCAAGGUCCCACGACACAUGAUGUACGAAGCUACUCGAUGUCGACGACACGAAGUUGUGCAGAUCAAGAUCCCUGUCGAAGGCUUCCCUCUUCCAGACAUCACAUGGUCUAUCCAGGGCAACCUCAUCUUCAACGACACUCGACACAACAUCCACACUACUCCUUCUUUCACCACUUUGACCAUCAACGAUGCUGAUCGAAAGGACUCUGGAUUCUACGUUGUCCAGGCCAAGAACCGAUUCGCCAACGACUCCGUUUCCGUCGAACUCCUUGUUGUCGAUGUUCCUCAGCCACCAACUAACAUGAAGGUUUCUGAGAUCACUCGAGAUUCUUGCUACCUCAGCUGGGACGAACCACGAGACAAUGGCGGCCUUAUGCUUCAGAAAUACUCGAUCGAGAUGUGCCCUGCUUCUUCCAACAGAUGGACUCAGGUCUCUUCUACUCGAGCUCAGCAUUACACCGUCAUCAACCUUUCUGGCCGAACUCGAUACACCUUCCGAGUUAUUGCUCUCAACGAAAUUGGCGCUUCCAAGCCUUCUGAGCAGUCUGAGACGAUCACAACUAAAGAAGACCGAAUCAUCGCCAGCAACUACGACGACUGGGUUGAUCCUCUCGACAAGUUCAAGCCAUACGUUGCCAGCAUCACUUCUGAUAGCAUCCAUGAUAGCUUCCACAUUUGCGAAGAGAUCGGCCGAGGUACUUUCGGUGUCUGCCACCGAGCCAAGGAGAUUCUCACCGAUAAGGCUUUCGUCGCUAAGUUCAUGAAGGUCGAUGGUGCUGACCGAGUUCACGUCCGACGUGAAAUUGAUAUCAUGCGAAAACUUCAGCAUCCCAAGAUCCUCCAGCUUCACCAAGUCUGCGACAUGCGAAACGAAAUCGUCAUGCUUACCGAGUUCCUUUCUGGACCAAACCUCUUCGAGAAGCUUUCUGAUACUCGAUUCGAUCUCAACGAACAGAAGUGCAUUGGUAUCGUCAAACAGAUGUGCGAAGCAUUGGCCUUCAUCCACUCUCUCAAGAUCGCUUACCUCGACUUGAAGCCAACUAAUGUUAUCUUCUGCACUCGAAAGGUCAACCAGCUCAAAUUGAUGGACUUUGGUCAGUCUCGAAUCUGCCAGCCAGGCGAGACCGUUCGACUUGCUUACAAGACCCCCGACUUUGUCGCCCCUGAAGUUGUCACCAACGAAACUGUCCACUUUGGAACUGAUAUCUGGUCCCUUGGUGCUAUUGUUUACUUCAUGGUUUCUGGCAAGCUUCCAUUCGGCGGUGAAAACGGUGAAGUUGUUCGAAACAACGUCAUUGAAGGUUCUUUCGACUUGAACUGCAACGAGUUCACUCAGAUCACCGAUGACUGCCUCGACUUCAUCGACCGAUGUCUUCAGCGAGACCGAAAGGCUCGAAUGACCGCAGUCGAUGCUAUUCAGCAUCCAUUCUUGCAGCCACUUCACCGCGAGUUGAGCCGAGAUCUUAUCAUCCAGCGACAGAAGCCAAUCAACACCAUUCCUCAUCGAGCUGUUUACGGUGCUACGCGAAAGGGUGACGAGACCGAGUCUCUUAUCGGCAUUGCUCGAUGGGCAAAUGGAGGUGCUCUCAAGUCACACCGAGGCCACACCAUUUCCAAGGUCCGAAUCGCACCAUGGGAAAUGUCUCCAAAACUCAGAGCUAUGCACCAUGUCAUGGCCAAGGAAGGUUCCACUCCCAAGCUUAUCUGCCGAAUCGAAAACGCAACUGGCAACGAGAAGAUCACCUGGUACCACAACAACAUCGCCCUCGAUACUGGCUUCACCGUCGACGAUGAAGGCAACGAGAUCAAGAACAACGACAAGUACGAGGCGGAAUUCUCUGCUGCUAAGGGUGCUUCUCUUUACAUUAUCGGCGUCAAGGAGCGAGAUGAGGGAACGUACAAGGUCCGUGUUGAGAACGGCUUUGGUGCUACCUUCAAUCAGCUUGAAGUCUGCGUUGAGCGACGAUCUGACCGCACUUGGACUCGAACUCGUCGAUCCUUGUACAUGAAGCACAAGAAGAGCAAGGGACUCGGUGGCCGAGAAGUCAAGGCUCUCCGACGACCCCCAGAGUUCACUCUUCCUCUCUACAACAGGACGAUUACCGAGGGAGAAAAUGUCACUUUCUCUGUCACUUGCACCGUCCACCCCGAUCCAGCCAUUACUUGGUUCAAGGAUGGCCAGAAACUCAGCUUCGGCGAGGAUGAUACUCAAUACGAUUGCACUUCUGAUAAGGGUCUCUACUCGAUGACUCUCAAGCGAUGCGAUGCCGACUUUACUGGCGAGUACAGCGUUCAAGCUGUCAAUCCAUAUGGCGAAGAUUGGUCUAAGGCUACUUUGACCGUCAAACCUAAGGCUGCCAAGGCAGACAUCACCGUCCGACCUAUGUUCCGACGACUUCUUUCCAACAUGGAAGUCGAAGAGAACCAAUCUGCUCGAUUCGACGUUCGAGUCACUGGAUUCCCUCGACCAACUCUUGUCUGGGAGAAGGACGGCAAGGAAAUCACUCCUACUCAACACCACCAGAUCGUCUGGGAAAGCAACCACGACUGCUACCUCAUCUGCUACAACACCUUCAGCGAUGAUACCGGUCUCUACAAGGUCACUGCUACCAACUCUGCUGGUACCUCUUCUUGCCAGGCUCAGCUCACUGUCAAGCCUAUCAAAUACGAGCGAAAAAAGGCUCCACGAGAGAACGCUGACCUCAUUGCUGAGUCCAAGCGAGCUAAACUUGCUCGACUCAUUGCUGGCGAUGCUACUCCAGUUCCAAUGAACGAACGAGCUAAGCUUGCUCUUGCUGAUGCUGAGGCUGCCGCCCGAUCUUUGAAGAUGGAAGGUGUCGAUGAGGAAGUUGAUCCACUUGAAGAUGUCAAACUCCAGAAGGUCCGAGCUCCACCAAUGAAGAUGCCAUACAAGAUUCCAGAAUCUCGAGAAGUCGAUCCUACUGUCGCUCGAAUUGACAAGAACAUCACUCAGUACGAGCCACUUUCUGACAUGAAAUGGUACAGAUCUUCUAAGAAGGCUAACGAGCUCAUCGAUCCCGCUCUCCAGGGCACCAAGGUCGAGCCACGACGACAGAAACACAUCAAGCAAGUUCUUCUGCCCGACACUGAGGGACUUGUUCCCGUCAAGCGAGUCAAGGCUGACUUGAACACAUCUUCUGAUCGAUACCGAACUCUUGAGACUAUUCUUGGCGACUCUGAUAGCAAGGCCAUCAAGGAUGCUAAGAUUGAUCCAAACCAGACUUACAUCACCUACUACCGACCAGAACUUGAUGACGAGCUCGUUCUCAAGCCAUGCGACGAGUACAUGAACGAAGUCAGAGCCAAGGAGAUCCUCCACGACGAAGAAGUUGAGCGAGAAGAACUCCGACGCAAGAAGUUCAAGAACCGAUCUCAGAUCCGAAAGGAACUCUACGGCGAAGAUGAUGAAGAGUUUGAGCUCAAAUCUGUCAAGGUUCCUAAGAAACAGAUGGAUAUGGGAACUCCUCUCUCUGAACUCGAAGCACGACGAAAGGUUCUUAUUCCAGAUCGAGCUGAGCGAAAGAAGAUUCACAUUGGAUCUGAUUCUGAGGAUGAAGCCCUCGCUAACAUCAAAUCUGGCUCCUGGAAAUACGCUGGAAUGCGAGAACAGAUGGAAUUCGACGCUAAGAAGGGUCGCGGCCGAGCUCAACCUGCUGAAGUCGCCCCUCGACCAAGAUACGUUCCAACUGCUGAUGCUGAUGAAGCUUAUCUCGAGACUCUUCGACCCCCAGCAAGAAAGACCCGAGCUGCUGAAUACUUGAUCAACAAGAAACCUCUUGGUCAAGCGGAUUUCGAGACUCACGAGCUUCUCCAGCCACAGCGACGACUUUACCAGGAUUAUGAAGAUUCUGAUGAAGAAGAAGCUAGACCAGUUCGACGACGACGCCGACGAGACUCUGGCUCCUCCAUCUUCACUGCUCCUGGCCGACAUGGUCACUUCGAAGAAGACGUUGGAGAAGAAACCCUCGAAUUCACAUCUUCAAAGUACAAGAAGCAAGCAAAAUCAUCCGCCGCUUCCUCUUUUGAUGUUCCCACAAUCGAGACUGCUCCUACUUUCCAAAUCCGAUUGAAGAGCCACGUCGUUCCCGCUGGAUCUAAGACCAAAUUCAUGUGCUCCGUUGUUGGCAAGCCCCGACCUCAGAUCACCUGGUCUCACAACGGAACUACUCUCACCAACGGUGGCAAGUACCAGAUCGAAGAUCUCGCCGGUGUUCUCACCCUCACCAUCCACAACUGCAAUGCUGAUGAUGCCGGAACUUACCAAGCCCGAGCUUUCAACACUGCUGGCGAGUCUUCUGACUACGCCACCCUUGAGAUCGGAGAAUACGGAUCUACCAAGAGCCAGCGAGGAUUGAGCGAUGGCACCAAAAUGAGCUCGAUGAAGAUGGACGAAUGGUCAAUGCGAGAGCCUUACCGAAAGUCCACUCAGGCCGUCGCCGGUGCUCGAAAACUCCCUGGUGAGCCAUAUUUCCUCUCUGCUCCACGAGACCAGACUGUUGCUGAUGGAGAGACUGCUCGAUUCACCGCCAACGUUGAUGGCAGCCCAAUGCCAAGAACAAUGUGGCAGCGAAUGGGCGCCAAUCUUCGAGAUUCUGACAAGUUCAACAUCCGAUCUAUCAGAAACCAGCAAGUCCUUGAGAUCCGAAAUGCUUCGGUCAUCGAUGCCGGAGAAUACGCCGUCACCAUCCAAUCCCUCAAGGGAGAAGAAACCGCCUACUUCCAGUUGAACGUCCAAGGCCGAGCCCGAUCCCGAGCUGCUGUUGCUUCCCCAACUCCUUCUACUGGUUCCCGAACUAGCCGAUCGAGCCGAAAAGGCAAGCCAAUGGUCAUCUCCGAACUGCACGGACAGAUUCAGCUGAACGGCUCCGUCAAACUCGACUGCUCUGUCAUGGAUGAACACGCUGUCAAGUCUGUUGUCUGGUACAAGAACGACCGGCAACUUUCUUCUGCAAACGCUACCGCCUCUGCUGGACAGUACACUUACACCAUCGAUGGAGUCACUGCUGCUGAUGCUGGACACUACGCCUGCCACUUGGUUGGACUUUCCGGAUCUACUACAACUUCCUAUGAGCUUCUCGAGGACCGAAUCGCCGACUACGCCGCCAACGCUGCCAAGGUCCAGCGAGUUACCUCCCCCGUGAAGAUUGCCAACGAAGUCACUUUGGAAUCCCUCCCUGCUCAGCUCGAAGUCGCCGCUGAUACCGUUCUCAGUCUUUCUACCACUUUCACUGGCUCUCCCGGUAAAAUCGAAUGGACCCGAAACGGACAGCCUCUUGCCGAUGGAGACGAAGGUGGACGAGUUACUGUAGAAACCACUCUUUCUUCUACCACCCUUACUGUCUUGGCCGUCUCUACUGAUGACGCUGGACGAUACAGACUUACUGUCGGUGAUGAAGGAUCCACCGCUGUCGUAAGCAUUGUUUAA